AUGACCAUACUGCAUUCCUACUGCUGCUGGAGAUCCGUGAGAAAAGGCAGCUUCGCCUGCGGAGCUUACACUGCGUUCUACUAUACAUUAACAGCAGCGCACACGUCUUUCCUGCUGCACGAGGAACUCAAAUAUUUCCAAAACAGGACGGAGCCCGAGAAAUCUUUCAUCGAUCACGAUACCACGUCGGAAACUACUUUCGUUUUUACGUUGGUACUUUUCGUACUUUCUUCGCUCGGAAUUUUGGCUACCUGUCUUUUGCUCUUCGGAUUAUACAGGGAUUCCAAAUAUUUAUUAAUACCAUGGAUAUGCAACAUAAUUAUAUUUAUUUUAGCCGAUUUGACGUAUGUCAUUUACAGUCUCAUUGUACAUGCUAUCCAAUGGAAUCCGCCGGCAGCCAUUAUUAUUACGUUAGACUUCUUCCUUAACUCUUUACACAUAUACAGCCUUCUGUGUGUGAUAUCGCAAUACCAAGAACUAAAGUCAGGACGCGGGAGGGCCUUAGACGACCAAUUGUGCAGGGUACCGAACGUGCAUUACAGCUCCCAGCCGACUGCGACCAGUUAUUUGAGCUCCCGUAAACAAGUGACGUAUUACGAAACGAAGCCUACUCCGACGCAAAGCCCUACGGGCGCCGCGCCUUCUCCAUCGAUGAUACCCGACAUCCUCUCGCCCAACAUGGGCGGCGCCCGCCGGGGCUCCAGGAAAUCGGUCAAGUUCCCCGACAGCAAUCUGACGCGCCGCAACAGCGCCCAACUCGCCGCCGAUCCGUGGGCGUCGGAGCCGCCGCGCUCGCCCGUCGCGACGCCCAAGGGCUCUCUCGUCGAUACGGCGCCGCUGCUCGAACCGGGCGUCGCGACGCGCCACCACUCCGUCGUCCUGCCGAUGGUAUAGUAUCCGGUGAAGGUGCCGUAGAAGGAGGUUUUCAUAUAAUGCUGCAAUUUGCUGCUCGUUUAUCAUCAUAUAUACCCUGUGUGUAUAUACAGUGUGUCCACGAAUGGGGUUGCAUAUAGGAGAAAAAAUUUUAUUAUUCAUUUUACGACAAAAAGUCAU